AUGUCAGCAGAGGAAGGCAGCAGUUGUGACGGUGAAGGUGAAGACGAAAGAUAUCCGCCACGUUGCUCCUCGGCUAAGUUAACUAUCGUGGUCGGAGGGACUCACUUCUCUGAGGAGAAGACGUUUCUCGUUCAGAGCUGCGACUAUUUCCGAGCUCUGUAUCGCUCUGGGAUGAAGGAGUGUUGGCAGGAAGAGAUCCACCUCAAGUCUCUGCGUGCUCGAGGUUUCCUUAUUGUCUUGGCGGUGUUGCGAGGUGAAAUUCCCGACCUGGACGGCGACGACAUCGUAGAGGCCAUCGAAUGCGCUGCUUUCUUGCAGGUUGCGCCGCUCGCCAAGCAUCUGGUCGACCUCAUUGACUCGGACAACUGUCUGCUGAUGUAUCACACCGCUGCGACCUUUGGCCUCAUGGAUCUGUACCACGCCGCCGCGCUGUUCAUCCGAAACAUGUACGCCGACCUUGAGGCCGAGGUCAAGAAAUCCUUGACGCCAGAGCUGAUCUCCUACGUCGAGUCUUUGACCCCAAGUGUUUUCGUUGCCGUUGGCGCUCAUGUGACCUGCAGUGUGGAUGAAACCAUGCACGCCGCCUCCAGGACGGUCUGCUACCUGGACGAAACCGCUAACAAAUGGAAGGUUUUGACCGAUCUUCCGCCAGAGGCCAGCACCUCCAUGGCCGGAGUGACCGUUUUAGACAACAGACUUUACAUCGUCGGAGGUGUUCACGGACUUCACAAACAAGUAGCGGAGGCUUGUUUCUGCUUCAGCGUCGAAGACAACAGCUGGAGCCAAAUCUCCAGCCCGGCGCAGUUGCGAUACAAUCUGAGCCUCGUGGGCGUUCACGGUCGUCUUUACGCCAUCGGAGGAGAGUACGAGCGGACGUUGAUGUCAUCGGUGGAAUCCUACGACGUAGAGACCGGGAGGUGGGGGUUUGCCGCUCACUUACCUCGACCGGCGGCGGGAGCGGCGUGCACCAAAACCAUGAGCAGGAUAUUUGUGUGCUUAUGGAAGCCGAUGGAGACCACGGAGAUCUACGAAUACAUCUCGGGGACGGACGAGUGGCGGCUGGUGACCACGCUGAUCAGGCGCCAGAGCUACGGCCACUGCAUGGUCGGCCACAGGGACAACCUGUACGUGAUGAGGAACGGGCCGUCGGACGACUUCCUCAGAUGCCUCAUGGACUGUUACAACCUGAGCUCGGGCCAGUGGUCGUCUCUGCCCGGACACUUCGCCAACAGCAGGGGAUCGCUAUUCACGGCGGUGGUGAGGGGCGACUCGGUGCUCACGCUCAACAGGAGCGCCACUCUGGAGUUCGUCGUCGACGGUAAAACCUGGAAGCCCAGACGGCAGAUGAAGGGUUUCCCCAGGAGCGGAUCCAUGUGGACGUUUCUACUCCGGCUGCCGGACGCUCUUAUGCUGCAGUAA